UUUCAACUGCCGUUAAGGGAAGUGGUCGCGCGUUUAUUUGCGGCGUGUGUGAAUUCGGUGCGUGUUUUUAUAUUUUUAUGCAUAAAGAAUUCUUGUGUAAAGCCACAAAUGUUCUAAAAGCAAAUGUGCGAAAUCGCUACAUAUAAUCGAAUUUAACAAACCGCAAAAAGGGCAGCUCCAAGAAUACCUUCAUAAAGUGUAUGACAAAAAAAGUAUAGUGAAAAACGCAAUCAAAAGUGCUGACAAAUCAAUAAAAGCAAAGAUCAAAUUAAAACACAAAAUCAAAAGCAAAGUAAAAAAGUAAAUAUAAAUUUUUAAACAACAUCAACUCCAACUAUAACUACAACUACGAUACACAACCAAUAAUAAAUUAAUCAAGAAAAUGGGCAAACUGCUGAGUCUGUUGUCACGCGACGAUUCAAAUUGUUGCGCCGCCAAAUCCUACGAUGUGUUCCUGGACUUUGAGAAUGCCGCGCCCACGGAUACGGAGCGUGAGGUGUACGACGAGGUGGAGCGUGUGCUCAAGGAAUCCGAAAUUGUGCUAGAUGAGAUACAAAUCUAUAAGGGAGCCAACAAAGAAAUCCGCGAAGCCAUCGCCGAUCCCUCGCCAGAAGUACAGGCCAAAGCCUGGGCGGCUGUUCUUCCGUUGGUCACCAAGCUGAAGCGUUGCUACGAACACUCCUUGGAGCUGGACAAAAUAGUGCCCAAGCUGCUGGGUCAACUGGUUGGCGGCAAGCUGAAUCCGACACAGCACUUGGAGACACAGCAGGCGCUGGUCAAGCAGCUGGCCGAGAUACUGGAAUUUGUGUUGAAAUUCGAUGAGUACAAGAUGAAAACACCCGCCAUACAGAACGACUUCAGUUACUACAGACGCAUUGUCAGCCGACAGCGCGUGGACUCCACAGAAAACAUGCUGGUCAGCACAGAGCUGGCCAAUCGCAUGUCCCUCUUCUAUGCACAUGCCACGCCCAUGCUUAAGGUGCUGAGCGAGGCCACAUCCAAGUUUGUCAACGACAAUGCGGACGAUGUGCAAAACACAACAGAAACGCUUGGCACCAUGGCCAAAGUCUGCCUACGCAUGCUGGAGAAUCCAAAACUGCUGCAACAGAUUGAACGCGAGGAGACACAAAUGCUGGUGCUGCGUGUGAUGGUCGGCCUUGUCAUACUCUACGAUCAUGUGCAUCCCGUGGGCGCGUUUGCUCGUGGCGCUCAUGUGGAUGUCAAGGGAUGCGUGCGAUUGCUGCAGGCGCAGCCGGCGAUAAAGGCGGAGCCACUGCUGAAUGCCCUGCGCUACACGACGAAGCAUCUCAACGAGGAGAACACGCCGAAGAACAUACGCAAUAUGCUGGCUGCAUAAUGACAUCUCUCUGGAUGGUGGAUCUGGAUCUCGAUGUCGGUGGGGGCGGGGGAUAAAGCCAAAUGCGAAUGCACGAAGCGCCCACAAAACGUGUGUUUUGUUUAUCAUGUGUACAAUUUGUAACGUUAACCUUAUUGUUUUUAAAAGUUUAAAGAUUAAUAAUAACGGUUUUCUUUUUAAUUUAUGUAUGUAAUUAAUAGGCUUCAAUACGAGUUACGACUAUAUAUAUAUAUAUAUAAUAAUAUAUAUAUAAAUUACUUAUGUUUAUCAUGUGUGAAUGUUGUGCAACAAAAAGGAGGCAGCCUCUAGUUUUAUAUUUAUGCAAUGCAAAUGCAUUUCCAGCACUUGUAUUAAUUUCUAUUUUGUAAUUUGUAACUUCGCCAAUUGUGUAUUGUUUAGCGCCUCCUUAUGCAAUGAAUGCCACAUGCAACAAAUAUCAGCACCAACAACAGCAACAACAACCACAAUAUUUAGCUCAUAAUUUAGCACUAAUAUUAAGUAAUGAACAAAUCUAAUACAAAUUGAUAACAAGAAGCAAGAAAAUGAUAAAAAGAAAUUAGCGCAAAGUAAAAAUAUAGAAAUUAUAGAAAUGAAUAUCCUAAAUUUCCAUUUCAAACUACUAAAAGAGAAAGAAAAAAUGAUAAACAGAGAUUAUAAAUAUUAAAUACGUUUUUUAAAUCAAAUUUAGCAUAUUUUUUUGUACAUGACUACAUAUAUAAAUCUAUAUGAAUAACAAAUUCUAUGAUAAAUUAUGAAACAAUUACAAUACAUACCAACUAAAAUGGCCUGAACAAAACUGAUACUGAUGAUGAUGACGAUGAACACGCAGUAAGAACGCAGAUGCAUUUAUAUUUCCACACUGAAUGAACAUUUGAUAAACGUAUUUAAACAAAAACAAAACCUUUAUACAUAUACAUACUUACAUCUGUCCGAUCAGGACAGAAAGCUGCGCAAUAAUAGUAUUUAUUUUUAAGAUUUACAAAUAGAAAUUUAUGAAAUCACAAAAUUUGUACCAAAUAAUCAAAAAUCAAAAAAAACAAGAACAA